UACUUGCAAGUGUGACACAAGUGUUAUAUCAAGAGCAAAUAAUUUUAACUGUGUGCUUUUGCAUCUUGAAAGAGAGAAAUUUUUCAGAGAUGUCCAGUACACGCAACGCUAGCAGUCAACAUCCGAAAAAUAAAACAUCUUUGAAUUAUGUUCGAGAUUUUCUGGCAAUGAAAAAACAGAUGUCGAGGAUGCAAGAAUUUCUGAUCAAAACAGAAUGCGAAGAAUCACAAUUCUGUGAGGAAACAGGCUUGGCGCUCCAUUUGAAGAAAGAUUUUCGUCAAAUCACCGGUAGCUGCCAUGCACGCAGUGCACUUUGUACUUUGUUAAAUCUUUCGAACGAGCAUAAACAAAAUGGUGUGAUAACGGCUUUGGAAGAGGACGCUCUGCCUUUAUGUUAUUUUGGAGAAAAAUUGAAUAUACCAGUAACAAUAGUGCUGCCAAACACAACAUUAUUAAAUAAAAUUUAUGCAUUAGAGCAGUAUCAAUAUACCAACACAACAUUAUUUAUCGAAGGCAACAAUUCAGAUGAAGCCGAAAAAAUCGCUUCUGAUUUAGCAAAAAUGAACAACAUGUAUUGCAUUAAAAGAGAUGAUAGAGCGAGAUUCAUUGGCUAUGGAACUAUAGCUAUAGAAAUUGCCGAGCAAGUGCCAAAUCUUGACAUAGUUGUGGUGCCAUAUGACGAACCAAUAUUCACAAGUAUUGUAUCGGUCAUGAAAGUUCUUAAACCAUCUGUCAAAGUUAUCAUUGCAGCAGACAAAAGUAUCAAUUCAAUGUCAAUAUCCUCUUCAAAGUUCUUUCAAUCAAUCCAACUAUCACCUUCGACAUUGCCGACACCAAAUUCUGCGUCAAAUCAAGUUAUUUCGACAAGCUCGACACCAUCUGCUGUAUCAGACAUGUAUAUGUCACCUUUUUUAAGCAGAUCAAUAUUUACGUUAAUUCAAACAGUUCACACACUAUCUUCUGCAAUUAAAUCGAUACUAUCUUCUGUAUCAACUAAAAUGUUAUCCUCUUCAACUAAACCGAUAUCAUCUUCUGCGUCAAUUGAAAAAUCAUCCUCUUCAAUUAGACCAACACUAUCUUCUGCGUCAGUCAAAAAAUUAUCCUGUUUAUCUGGACCGACUCCAUCUUCUGUGUCAGUUAAAACAUUAUCCUCAUCAACUGGACCGACACCAUCUUAUGCGUCAGUCGAAAUAUUAUCCCGUUCAACUGGACCGACACCAUCUUCUGUGUCAGUCGAAAUAUUAUCGUGUUCAACUGGACCGACACCAUCUUCUGCGUCAAUUGAAAUAUUAUCCUGUUCAUCUGGACCGACACUAUCUUCUGCGUCAAUUGAAAUAUUAUCCUGUUCAUCUGGACCAAUACCAUCUUCUGUGCCAAUUGAAACAUUAUCCGGUUCAACUGAACCGACACCAUCUUCUGCGUCAGUUGAAAUAUUAUCUUGUUCAUCUGGACCGACACCAUCUUCUGCGUCAGUCGAAAUAUUAGCCUAUUUAUCUGGAUCGACACUAUCUUCUUCGUCAAUUGAAACAGUAUCCUCAUCAAAUGGACCGAUACUAUCUUCUGCGUCAGAUCAAAUAUCAUUGCCUUCAACUAAACGGAAAUCAAUUAAAAUAUCUCCAUCUUCUUCAAGUAAAACGACAUCUUGUGGACCAACUCAAACGUUAUCCUUUUUAAAAAACUCAACUUCACCGCAAACGUCAUCAAGUUUGCCGAAGUCACAAAAAGAAAAGCCAUUAAUUAAUAAAGACAUGGACAUUACUGUAGUUGUAUUAACGGAUGAGGAGAUAGAUACUUCGAUCUUAAAAUUAUUUAAGAAAGAACGAUGCAUUGUAAAUAGAGUCGGUGUGAUGAGUUUAGCGGCUUGCUUAAAGGCUGAUGGCCCUUCGUUUGAAGCGUAUAAAAAUAAAAGGGUGGUGUCCCUAUUGACCAGUUGUAAUGACGAUAUAUUAGUUUUACCCACAAUUUUGGAGCAAGCAUUAUUGAAAGAGCAUCAGCUCGCGAAAGUGUCAGCGGAAGUUCCGCAAGAUGAAUUGCAUCCUACUACAGAAUUAGCUAAUGCCCUGACGAAUAACGUAUCUAUGAAGAAAAUGGCAAUAUGUUGCAAUAUAGCAAUAUUUUGUAUUAUAACCAUAUGUUUAAUUGCAAUUUAUUCAAACAAUAAUUGGUAGCGUUUAAUAUGAAAAUUGAUGCCGUCUGUGAGUCCUGAAUUUUUGAAUGGAACAUAGACUUGGAAAAUUUUACAAAUGCUACACAAGCUCCACAAGUAUAAUCGAAAAAUAAUUAUCGGAUAUGAACAAUACUAGCCAGAUAUUUCUACAUCGAAUUCGUAAAGUAUCGAGUCAUUAAUUUUUUUACAAUAUUUUAUAU